CUUUCAAUUCCUUUCGCAACUGGGGUGUUGAUGCAGGUGUACAUAUCUACUGUUUUGUCAUUCUGUUUUAUGUAGAGGAAUAGUAAAAUAUGCAGUCUCUGUAAAAUUUCGUUCAGGUAUAUUACUUUCUUUGCCAUUAGGAAGCAAUAGCUUGGAAAAGGUGGUGUCACCCAGGAGCCUGCCCAGUGAACUGAUGUCUCAUUGUUUGGAUCUACUGAAAACCACCCUGAUGACAAAAGAAUGUUUGCAUUGUUUCUGUGCUGUGUCAGUACAGUCCUGAGGAGCAGGUCAGCUUGUGCUGCAAGAGGAUGGUAUUGCAGUAUGAAUGAAGGUCAGCAUAGGAGCAGCUGCUGAUGGGAGGAAGGAAGUCCAGGCUAAUGAACUCUAAAGCAUCUCCCAGUUAGGUACCAGAGGAGGCAGGAAUGAUGAUGUAGAAGGAUAUGAGAAGCUCCCCAGCUUGAAGCCACAAAACCUGCAGAAACCUGCAGGAGAGCCGGAGCACGUGUCAAUGCCCAGGAGGAAAUCCAGCCUCAGUGUUUGAGCAGCACCUGGCCGUGGAGCACUGCGGCCCAAGAACAGAAUUAUUCUGCCUUUGCCAAGCUGGCAUCCCAAGAAGGACUUGUCUGUCCUUGUAAAAACCAGAGGGCUGGCUCAUCCAAAUGCUUGCUGAUUGCUUGGGAGCUCAAAUCUUUCUGGCCUCCAAGCUGGAGGCAGCCUGGAGGCAACAUCUCCUUGGUCUGAUUGUGCAGUGUCUGAGCGAGAGGGUGACCCAACCUGGCUGCACAAGAGUCAUCUUCAUUUCUGUUAUUUUGCUUCAAACAAGCCCCCUGGGUGACCCUGGUGUUGGUUUCCUAAAAUUUGCAUCUGGGAGGCGUCCAUUUCCUUUGCUUGUGAUGAAAGCACAGAAGUGAUGGGGGCACUCGCCAAGGUCACAAUCAUUGCCAGGGUGGGAGUGUUUGUCCCACAGCUGGUGAGCAAAGCUGGUGCUCUGGAGAGCGUGCUGCACACACAGACCGAGCUCUGGGCCUUCCUUGGAAGAGAUCACCCCGUGAGAGCCCGUCAGAAGCACCGCUGUGGUGUGUACAUGACCUGGACGCAGCUUAGACUGACCAGGCUGAACAGGGUUUCUUUCCAAAAGGAGAUUUUGGGAAUCAAGGCAGUCCAAGAAAGAGGGAAGCCAGCUCUUUCCAAGAGUGGGGAAGUCCCUGUGGAGAGAACCCCAAGAACUUGAGCUUCCUCUGAGACAUUCCCCACCAUGUCUCAGCAAGGAGACAACCGCUAUUCUGACUUCUGCUCUCCAUGUGGGAAGAAGAAGCGCAGUGCGAUUCCCUGCAUUUGGGAACAGCAGCCAGCAGGCUGUCAGAAUGCCAGCUGCGCCUUUCAGCGUGCAAAGGGACGCGAUGGGGAUGGACCAUCUUUACCGCCACGCAAAAGGAUGGAGUCUGCAUGUCUGUGGAACGGUGCUGGGCAAGGGGGAAAACGGAAAGCCUCUGCAGAGAGAGGUGCUGAACCAAAUGGCAAAAUCUAUGUGAAAACGGUGGAAGAAGUCUGUUCUGGGGGAGCUCGUCUCCAGGUUGGAGGGCUUCCUGGAAGAGCAGGUCCCAGCUCAGGGAGAAGACCUUCCCCUGCAGUCGACAUCUACUCUUUCUCCAAGACUCUGGCUGGAAGGAAGCGCAAGGGCUUGGAAAAAGAGGAACAAAAAGCAGAGCUGUUGCCUGCCAAGAAACAAGUAAAGGGGGGGCGCAGUGGGGAGAAGGCUCAGAGGGUGCAUCAGAGCAGAGGCGGUGUGCCAGCUCCACCAGCGCACCCUGGGCCUGCCCGAACGCCAAGUAAGCAGUUACAGACCUCAAAGCUAAGAGCAAGAAGAAGACGACAACAAAAAGAGAGGAGAGCAGAAAUGAAGAAGGCUUCUCUCAGAGCUGCUGCUGCAUGUGCAGAGUCCUCCACAGUGAACAGCCUUGUGGAGAUGAUGCAGAAGCUGCAGCUGAAAGACUGAGUGGAGGAGCAGCAGAAGGCAGUGGCUGCUGUGCACAGCACUACAGUGCUCUGAGUGCCGCCCAACUCGGCACUCUAAGUCUGGUUGCAUUCAAUAAAUGAUCACAA